CGGAGAUGACGCCACUUCCGCCCGUUCGAAUGGCCAUGGCGGGAGCCGGUGGCGGGCGGCGUUCGGCGGGAGCGACCCCGAGGGUGACGCGACGCAGCUCCAAGCGCUUGGUGGUCUCGGCGCCCCGGGGCGGCCCCCCCUGGGUACCCCCGCCCCGCAGCCCCCUGGGCAGCCCCGACUUUGACCGACCCCGACGGAGCCCCCGGCUGCAGAGCCAGAAGGAGAACGACCCUGCCCCCCCCUGCGCCGCCCCCUCCCCUCCGCCCUCCCCCCUCCCCUCCCCCGUGGCCCCCCGGGUCCGACGCUCCUACAGCCGCCUGGAGGGGGGGGGCACCCCGCGGGGGCUGGGGGGGGCCCCGCUGAGCCCCCUCUCCCUAAAUCUGCCCCCCGCAGCCCCCCCCGAGCCCCCCCAGAUCCCCCCCCUGGACCUCCCUGGCAUCGGCGGCGGCCCCGAGCGCAGGAGGAAGAAGAAGGUGGCGCCCAUUGAUCUGUCGGAGCUCGAGGCCUGGGCCGCCUCCAUGAACGCACAGUUCGAGGAGGCCGAAAGGUUCCCCCUCGUCGUGGAGUGACCCCGAGACCCCCGGGAGACCCCCGGGAGGGUCUCAUGACCUCUGUGGUCUCCGCACUGGAGAGAUGCCGGGGGACCCUCACGGGACCCUCGGGACCGGGGGGUCCCUGUGCAAGGACCCCCCGUGCACAGCCCCUCCCCCGCCCUGUGGGACCCUGAGGGGAGACCCCCGUGGGAGGGGCCCCCCCGAUGUGUGGGCCCCCCCCGAUGUGCCAGGGCCCCCCCGAUGUGUGGGACCCCCCCCCAGGAGCUGUAAGCCCCCCCCGCCCUCGUUUGUUACUCAUUAAACGAGUUUUUGUCGUGUG